AGGACACGGCCGCCCCGCUGACCCCCUGCCCCCUCUGGCCCCGCAGCUCGGCAAGAUGUCGGUGAAGGAGGGCGCGCAGCGCAAGUGGGCCGCGCUGAAGGAGAAGCUGGGGCCGCAGGACUCCGACCCCACGGAGGCCAACCUGGAGAGCGCCGACCCCGAGCUCUGCAUCCGGCUGCUGCAGAUGCCCUCGGUGGUCAACUACUCCGGCCUGCGCAAGAGGCUGGAGAGCAGCGACGGCGGCUGGAUGGUGCAGUUCCUGGAGCAGAGCGGCCUGGACCUGCUGCUGGAGGCCCUGGCGCGCCUGUCCGGCAGGGGCGUGGCCCGCAUCGCCGACGCCCUGCUGCAGCUCACCUGCGUCAGCUGCGUGCGCGCCGUCAUGAACUCGCAGCAGGGCAUGGAGUACAUCCUCAGCAACCAGGCCUACGUGCGCCAGCUUUCCCAGGCUCUGGACACGUCCAACGUGAUGGUCAAGAAGCAGGUGUUCGAGCUGCUGGCCGCCCUGUGCAUCUACUCACCCGAAGGCCACGCCCUGGCCCUGGACGCCCUGGACCACUACAAGACGGUGUGCAGCCAGCAGUACCGCUUCAGCGUCGUCAUGACGGAGCUGUCCAACAGCGACAACGUGCCCUACGUCGUCACCCUGCUCAGCGUCAUCAACGCCAUCAUCCUGGGCCCUGAGGACCUGCGGACCCGCACGCAGCUGCGCGGCGAGUUCAUCGGGCUGCAGCUGCUGGACGUGCUGACUCGGCUCCGGGACCUGGAGGACGCAGACCUGCUCAUCCAGCUGGAGGCCUUCGAGGAGGCCAGGGCCGAGGACGAGGAGGAGCUGCUGCAGGUCUGCGGCGGCGUCGACAUGAGCAGCCACCAGGAGGUCUUUGCCUCCCUGUUCCACAAGGUCAGCCGCUCCCCGGUGUCCGCCCAGCUGCUGUCUGUGCUGCAGGGCCUCCUGCACCUGGAGCCCAGCCUGCGCUCCAGCCAGCUGCUCUGGGAGGCCCUGGAGAGCCUGGUGAACCGGGCCGUGCUCCUGGCCAGCGACGCCCAGGAGUGCACCCUGGAGGAGGUGGUUCAGCGGCUCGUGUCCAUCAAGGGCCGGCCCCGCCCAAGCUCCCUGGACAAAGUUCACAAAGCCGUCCAGGCCGACCUAGGCCAGAGUCAGGGUGGCGGCGCCCCCCCAAACACGGGCAGCCCAGAGGCAGAACUGAAGGGCCAGAGGCUGGUGGCCACCCCCGCCCCCCUGCAUGUUGUCAGCGGCCAGAGUUGGAGCAGUGGGGCUGCUCCACAGCCGACAGCCCUGGGAGAGCAGGCACCCGGCCCACCCCUGCCUACGGCUGGCCUCCCCGGCUCCCCCACUGCACCCCCUCCCCCGCCUCCACCCCCUCCGCCCCCACCCCUGCCAGGCUCAGGGGCCUCAAUACCCCCACCCCCUCCACCCCCUCCCCUGCCAGGCCCAGGGACCUCAAUACCUCCACCCCCUCCCCUGCCAGGCUCAGGGGACCUCAAUACCCCCACCCUCACCCCUCCCCUGCCAGGCCCAGGGACCUCAAUACCUCCACCCCCUCCCCUGCCAGGCCCAGGGACCUCAAUACCUCCACCCCCUCCCCUGCCAGGCCCAGGGACCUCUAUCCCCCCACCCCCUCCCCUGCCAGGCCUGGGGUCCUCGUUCCCUGCACCCCCUCCGCCACCCCCAUUGCCUGGGUCUUGUGGGACCCUGCCCCCUGCUCCCCCACCACCCCCGGGCCUGCCAGGCAUCUCGGGGCCCCCUGCAGUGGGUGGUGAGGAGAUUAUCGUGGCCCAAGUGGGCCACCGCCUGGGCUCCGCCUGGGUCCCCAGCCACCGGCAGGUGAACCCACCCACCCUUCGCAUGAAGAAGCUGAACUGGCAGAAGCUGCCGUCCCACGUGGUCCAAGAGCACAGCUCCAUGUGGGCCUCGCUGAGCAGCCCGGAGGCCGAGGUGGUGGAGCCCGACUUCUCCAGCAUCGAGCAGCUCUUCUGCUUCCCCGUGGCCAAGCCCAAGGAGCCAGGUGCCGCCCCAGUCAGGAAGGAGCCCAAGGAGAUCACCUUCCUGGACUCCAAGAAGAGCCUGAACCUCAACAUCUUCCUGAAGCAGUUCAAGUGCCCCAACGAGGAGGUCACCGCGAUGAUCCGUGCGGGGGACACCAGCAGGUUCGACGUGGAGGUGCUCAAGCAGCUCCUCAAGCUCCUGCCCGAGAAGCACGAGAUUGAAAACCUGCGCUCCUUCACGGAGGGCCAAGCCAAGCUGGCCAGUGCCGACCAGUUCUACCUGCUGCUGCUGGGCGUCCCCUGCUACCAGCUGCGGGUGGAGUGCAUGCUGCUGUGCGAGCACACGGCCGUCGUGCUGGACAUGGUGCGGCCCAAGGCCCAGCUCGCCCUCACCGCCUGCGAGAGCCUGCUCUCCAGCCGCCGGCUGCCCGUCUUCUGCCAGCUGAUCCUGAGAAUCGGGAACUUCCUCAACUACGGCAGUCACACGGGGAACGCCGACGGCUUCAAGAUCAGCACGCUGCUGAAGCUCACGGAGACCAAGUCCCAGCAGAGCCGCGUGACCCUGCUGCACCACGUGCUGGAGGAGGUGGAGAAGAGCCACCCGGACCUGCUGCAGCUGCCCCGGGACCUGGAGCCGCCCGCCCAGGCAGCGGGGAUCAACCUCGAGAUCCUCCACUCGGAGGCCGGCAGCAACCUGAAGAAGCUCCUGGAGAUGGAGCGGAAGGUGUCGUCCUCCUGCGCUGAGGUGCAGGAGCAGUACGCCGGGCGCCUGCAGGCCAGCCUCGAGGCCUGCCGGGCGCUGGAGGAGCUGUUCCAGGCCAUCGAGCAGAAGCGGCUGGAGCUGGCCCACUACCUGUGCGAGGACGCCCAGCAGCUGUCCCUGGAGGACACGUUCAGCACCAUGAAGGCCUUCCGGGACCUCUUCACCCGCGCCCUGAAGGAGAACAAGGACCGGCAGGAGCAGGCGGCCAAGGCGGAGCGGAGGAAGCGGCAGCUGGCGGAGGAGGAGGCUCGGAGGCCGCGGGGCGAGGACGGGAAGCCUGCCAGGAAGGGAGAGCAGAGGCAGGAAGAGGUGUGCGUCAUCGACGCCUUGCUGGCCGACAUCCGGAAGGGCUUCCAGCUGCGGAAGACGGCCCGGGGCCGCGGGGACGCAGACCCCCCGAGGGACAAGGCACCUGGGGCCUCCCGAGCCACCCCAGGAGGCCCCGUGGGGGGCCCCAGCUGCCCCGCCGCUGGACCUGCUGCGGCGGCCAGGGAGCCCCAGGACUGGGACCUCGCGGACGCCACCACCCCCAGCCCGCAGCCCUGGGGACCCCCGGAGGAGGUCGGCCCUGGGCCCCAGGAGAGGAGGUCGUCCUGGUACGUCGACGCCAGCGAUUCCCUGCCCCUGGAGCACGCCCUGGGCCCCCAGCCCACCGGGGCCUGGCCAGUGGUGUUAGGGGACGCUCAGGCCCUGAAGCCCCUCCAGUUCUCCGUGGACAAGCCCCCCGCGGCCCCCACCGCCCCCCAGGACAUCUGCCAGGCCGAGGCUGACAGCACAGGGGACGGCCCGGAGGACACGGCAGCCCACGGCCGCGGGGCCCGCCUCCCCGCUGCAGGCCCUGGCGGGGACGGGGACGCGGAGGACACGGCCCCGGAGUCCGCAUUGGACACGUCCCUGGACAGAUCCUUCUCUGAGGAUUCGGUGACCGACUCCUCAGGGUCCGGCACCCUCCCCAGGGCCCAGGGCCGGGCCUCGAAGGGCACGGGCAGGCGGCGGAAGAAGCGCCCGUCGCGGAUCCCGGAAGGCCUCAGGCCCAAGCCCAAAGCCCAGUGACAGACGCACACGGCGGCCUCCGCGCAGCCGCUGGCCCUGGACGUGCCGCUGGGCAGAGGAGCGUCCAGGCCCCAGCUGGGACCGGGCCCCGGGAGCCCCGGACUCCGUGCCUUACCCAGCCAGGGACUUGGGCCUCCCUGAGCACGCCGGGGGCGUCGAGGCCGGGAGCCCAGCCAGCCCCUGGCAGCCCACCAGCACCCUCCGGCACGGCCUGCA